CUCCGACUUUUCGAAAUCUUCGUUUUCCCCUUCGUCUCCUCCUUUGCUCUGCUCCCGCACCGCAAUCUCCCCUCGUAUAUGGAAUAAGAAAACCCUCCUCCGCCAGUUACCCCCCGCCCGCCCGCCGCCGCCCGGCGGCACCAAUCAUGCCGAACGGCUCGAUAAUCAUCGACCGGGCGCAAAUGCCCCUAGACUCCCCGCCGGCGGAGGUGGAGAUCAUCCCCUCCUCCUCUCCGCCUGUGGCGCCGCAGCCUCCUACGGCGAUGCAGACGGACCGCGACGGCGCUUCCGACGGUGGCGAGGGGGACCCGGAUGAGUUCAAGAGAUUCACUGAUGAAAAACUCGAGGAUCAGAUCAAGCACUGGAGCCGUAAACAAACUUUACCCGUACCCGACGGCGGAGAGAAGAUUCGUAGGUUCCUCUCCAAGAUGAAGAGAGAGCUUGAUCGCCGCCGCAAUGCCCGGCUGAUGAAGGUUGACACGGGUCGGAGACAGGUGGCGCAGAUACCCAGUGGGGAUGAUCCCUACACAUUUAAGCAAAGUGACGAGAUCAACUGCACCACAAGCUUUUAUGAUAAAUGUCAUCCACCUACAAAGAGCUAUGGCAAGGGUGAUGGAGCAGCAUUCACUCUUGAACUAGAGUACUUUAACUUAGGCAAACGUGCUUCCCAAGUGAAAGAUCGGAAAAGAGCACCGAUCACAGUGAAUCAUCAACCAAAAAGGCGUACCGGUUGUCAAAAUAUUGCUGACAAGAAACAUUUAGAUACAAUUGGUAAGAAGUUAGGUAGGAAGAUCUGUACAGAAGAUCAACAGAAUAACUCUGUCAAGCCAAAGGGCAUGUCCAGUAAACUACAAACAGAAGAUCUCACUUUUGGGACCAAGAGGUGGGACCAUUCCAAGAAUCAUGCCUACCAAUAUGGGAGGUUAAAUAGACGAAACGAGAAGAAGGAAGUAGUUCUCUUGGAUGACGAGGAUAUAGAACCUUCUACAUCAGUUGAUGUUGAGAUGGCUAAUAUAUGGGACAUAUCACAGAUCUACUAUCCAUCAAGGACUGAUCCAGAAACUGUUGAGCUGACAUAUUCUGACAUAAAAUGUCUUGACCCUGAAGUUUUUUUAAAAUCACCUGUCAUAAACUUUUACAUCCAGUACCUAAAAAAAUCCAGGCCUUGUGAUGACUUGUACAUCUUCAAUACGUAUUUCUAUAGCAAACUUGAAGAAGCGUUAUCCAGGACGGGUGAGUGUGACUCGCAGUUCAGCAAGUUAAGGCGAUGGUGGAAAAAUAUUGAUAUUUUUAGGAUACCAUACCUCCUUUUGCCAAUUCAUGGACAGAUGCAUUGGAGCUUGGUCAUUAUCUUCAUGCCUGCAAAAGAGAUAAAAUGCGGGCCAAGAGUGUUUCACUUGGACUCUCUAGGAAUACAUUGCAGUGACAAGGUUUUUGGUGUGAUUGAGAGCUACCUCGUAGAAGAAUGGCGCCAUCUACAGAAGGAUUCUUCUUAUGAUAUUCCCUUUUCAGGCAAAAUAUGGAGAAAUCUUUCAAGAAAUAUAAAUAAGGAAAAAGUCGAGUUUUCUGAAGCUACCCUUUGUUCACUUGCAAGGUUCCACAGCAGCAAAACGACUUUGACUGUGGUGUCUUUAUGCUUUACUACAUCGACAAGUUUAUUCAAGAGGAACCAGAUAGUUCGACAGGAGUGCGGCCUUUCAAGUUUGGACGCAAGUGGUUCAGCCCUGAAGAAGCUUCGGCGCUGCGGAAGCGAAUACGAGUUCUCCUGUUUGAGAUAUUUCAGAAUGCUCCACGGAAUGAUCGAAAUUUAGAGUCACAUGACGAUGAUCACUCGGAAGAUGAAGAAGAUAAGGUUAGGGAUACAAUCAUGAUCGUUUGAAUGUAACGGUGAAUGAAUGAAGUCAAGCAAUGGAAAGAUCACGGUGCAGUUUUGCAUCAGAACACUGUCUCUGAUGGCUGUAGAUGCGCUAAGGGUCCCAAUUUUGUGUAUAUGCUGUUUUGUGGACAAAGUUUGAAAGCUAUAACGAUGCAGCAAAGCUGACCGAUAUAUCUUAUAUUUUCGGUAUGCACAAAAUGAUUCUUGUUGCA